AUGAUAACAUUUCCCGACAAUAUCGGUAUUAGUGAUAUCCAAUGCGGUGACUGUCACUCACUGGCACUGACCAGCAAUGGCUGGAUCUACGGUUGGGGCGAUAAUAGUGACGGUCAGACUGGUUGUGGACAACACUACUAUCCGUUUGUUGACUGUCCGAUUCGGGUUAGAUUUCAUCCGGAUAUUCAAAUAAAAUCCAUUUACUGUCAUAAUAACAGUUCGUAUGCUAUAACUGAUGAUACUAUUGACGGUGUGGGAACCUAUGGACAGGUUUAUAAAGUUGAGGACAGGGAGACUAAUCAAUUGUUUGCUAUCAAAGAGAUAUUCAAUGACAUUAAUAACAGCUAUUUGAUAGACGAAGUAAAAAAUUUGCUAAAAUUGCGUUCAAAAUAUGUUGUCUACUAUUAUGACGGUUGGAUUGAAUCGGACUUUCUGUACAUACAAAUGGAAUUAUGUUUGCAAAGUCUCGGAAAACUACUAGAAAUAAAAGGACAGACAUUUGGACGACAAGCCAACCAUCGCUGUGAACAACCUAUAGAUUUGGUCGAGUAUUACAUAACCAGUCAUAUAAUCCAAGAGCUAUGCGAAUGUGUCGAGUAUUUGCAUACACGUCAGCCGCCAGUCAUACACCGGGAUCUAAAACCGGAAAACAUAUUAAUACAGAUAAUCAAUGAUAAGUCAAUAGGCAAUAGAUUUAUAAAACUAUGUGACUUUGGUUUAGCCACUGAACACAACCGUUGGGUUGGAGGCCAGUCAUCUGAAUUACAUACCAAUAAAACAGGUACUCAACUAUAUAGGGCACCGGAAGUUAACAGAGAUGCUGACGAUCGUAUAGCCUAUAAUGAAAAAAGUGAUGUCUAUAGUCUGGUAAAUGUUUGA